AUGCAAGAGCCAGUUGCUGGAGACCCCAGUACUGUUCCUCCCCCGAGCCAUGCAAGUACCCUGAACCCUGCAGCUAACCCCCGUCGAAUGCGGCGGAUUAUUGCUGAGGAUCCUGAAUGGAGUCUUGCCAUAGUUCCACAGCUCUCAGAGCUCUGCAUCCAGCACAUAAUCAACAACUUCAAAAAGAAUCCUGUUUUAGAUAGGCUCCUUCCUGAGCACCAGAGAAAGGUGCUAGAUAAGAUCUCCACAAGUCUUCCCCUCGCUGUGACAGCAAAUCUAAUUAGUGAUGAAGGCUACUGGAAAAGGUGCUGCACUGAGAGAUGGACAGUUUGUGAUGUGUCCCACUAUGGAAACAGCUGGAAACGGAUGUUUUUUGAACGUCACUUGGAGAACAUCUUGAAGUUCUAUAUUCCAGAUACCACCAGCCCCAACCAAGUCCUGGAUAUCAUCCCACUCUGCAAGGAGUACGUGAGGAAGCUGCAGAUUGACCAGUUCCUUCCACCAGUGAAAUUAGAUCAGAAAAAGGAAGAUGAAGAUGUCUCUGAUACUGAAAGUGAUGCUGGAAUAGAUGAACCUUCCAUGGACCAUUUUGAUAUGAGUAUGCUCACUCCACUGCUCUGUCACCUAGAAGAGCUGGACCUGUCUUAUGGUGUUAAAGAUUGUGGCAUGAAUUUUGAGUGGAAUCUUUUUGAAUUCACCUCUCGGGACUGCUGUUCCUUGGCCAAUGCUCUCAAGAAGUGUCCAACUCUAAAAGUCUUCACACUAUCCCGUAGCAAAGUGGAUGAUGAUAAAGCCCGGAUGCUGAUCUACCACCUGUUAGACCAUCCCUCACUGAUGGAGCUAAACUUGUCCCACAAUCUGAUUGCAGACCGGGGAGCACGAGCUGUUGGCAAGCUGAUCAACCGCAGCAAGUUGAUAACUCUUAACCUUUGUAAUAACAGGAUCCGAGUUCAGGGAGCCCAGGCUAUUGCUCAUGCCUUGUCUAAGAAUUCCACCCUGACGUUCCUAAACCUGCGGCUCAACUGCAUUGAGGAUGAGGGAGGCCAAGCUAUUUGCCAUGCCCUGCUGGUGAACAGUACACUAACGACUCUUCACUUGGGUGGGAAUGAAUUGUCAGAGCCAACAGCCACCCUCUUCUCGCAGGUCCUGGCUCAGAACACAGCUCUGACUCGCAUCAACCUCUCCUGCAACCACAUAGGGCUGGAUGGAGGGAAGCAGCUGCUGGAAGGCAUGACUGAUAACAAGACUGUGGUGGAAUUUGACCUGAGGCUGGCAGAAGUGGGACAGGAGAGUGAAUACCUCAUUAACCAGGCCAUCAAGACUAACCAGGAACUAGCUCGUAUCAAAAGCCUGCAACAUUCAGCUUCCACACAUUGCCCACAUACUCAGGAAGAAAAAAUUUCCUGACCUACUGUAAAGUUUUUGAUGUUUUUGACAUUACUUCCAUCCAUGACUGAUUAAACAUCCAUUUUUAGUUGACCAUUCUGGUCAGAAAUUAUAGUCCUUUCUCAACUUGGCUUGGGCUCAGCUGGGUUCAGAUGCAAUUCCACUCAACUUUUUGGUGAAGCCUUAAAACACUGUGGUUCCCAUUCCCUACUGCACUUUGCUUGUAAGCAAGCCAAAGCAUGUGUAAUUGAAAUAACUGCACACUUU